AGAAGAGAGAGAAGAAUUUAAAGAGAAAAAAAAAAGCUAGAUCAACAUCAAUUGGGUAGCUAUAUACUAUAUAGUAUAGCUGAUUUAAGUUCCUCUCUUUCUAUCAUCCCACUUCUCCUCUUCAGAGAAAACAGACAUAUAUUUCAUAUUCUUGGAGAAAGAGAGAGAAAUUGAAGAUAGAAAAGAUGGUGAGAGAGGCAUAUGCAUAUGGUUCAACAACUGCAGCUAGUGAUAUGGAAAUGAGUGGAGGUGGCGGUGAAGGGGGUGUGAUGAGUAAUAUGAAGCCUGCAUGGCUGGAGGGUUUGAUGGCUGAGACAUUCUUUGGUGGAUGUGGGGUCCACGAGAACCGCAGGAAGAACGAGAAGAACGUUUUCUGUUUGCACUGUUGCCUUAGUAUUUGCCCCCACUGCCUCCAUUCUCACCGUUCUCACCCUCUUCUCCAGGUUAGGCGAUAUGUAUACCACGAUGUGGUUCGAUUGGGUGAUCUUGAAAAGCUCAUUGACUGUUCCUAUAUUCAGCCCUAUACAAUCAACGGUGCCAAAGUGAUAUUCUUGAAUCAGAGGCCCCAGUCUAGGACUUGCAAGCAGGGCUCUGCCAAUAUCUGCCUCACUUGUGACAGGAUUCUUCAAGAGCCUUUCCACUUUUGUUCUCUCUCAUGCAAGGUUGAUCACCUGGUGUACCAAGGGGAAGAUUUAUCUGGCAUACUCUACCGAUUUGAUGAGUCCGACUUCACAAUUUCUCAAUUUGAGGGUUUACGCAUGGAUGGUUCGGAGGUGAUCGAUGAUGAUGGCCACAUGAUUCCUAGCUCCAUCAUAGAGGACCCUUUGCAAUAUAGAGCUUCAUCAUGCUCCAAUGAGGCCACAAGUGAUUCAGUAAUGUCGCGAGAACCGGAGGUCAUCAAGAAGAAGAAGAAGAAAGGCAGUGGAUUUCUCCCGGGGAUUGUCCUCUCCCUUAGCAGCCGGAGAAAGGGUGCUCCUCAGAGAGCUCCUCUUUCCUAGGCAGAGAGACUUUAAAAAUAAUAAUAAUAUGAAUAAUAAUUAGAGGGCUUAAAUUAUUGGCAUCAUAUGAAGUAUGUUAUUAGGUACCAUAAUACUAUAAGGUUGGUCGGUCCACGGUUAAUAUAGAUUAAUUAAUUUAAUCUGUGUAAUGUUCUAGCAUAUGGUUAUUGUCUGUAUUUGAGUGUUGUUAAUUGCGGGGUGCUUUAUUUUCUUUCUAACUGGGAUUUGCAUGGGGCAUUUCCAUUACUGAGUUUAGGUGUCUGAAGAGAGACUGAUCACUGAUCUAACGGUUAGACUCUCAUCUCCACCAAUUUUGUAACUAAAGUAAUGGAGCU